AUGAGGGAAAGAGACUCUGAAUUGGAAGGUACUCUGCGAUUUAUGUCGAUACGAAAUAUAAAGUCAGUAUCACUCUUCGAGGAUACCAAUCAGGAUAUCGACGCAGUACACCCAUGCAGAAUCCACGAUGGAUACGACCUCAACCAGUCGACUAUCACUCCCAACCGUGUCAAUCGAAUGGCGACCAUGUUACCUAUGGACCAGUGGCUUGCUAAGCUCAGCUUGAACCUUGAGUGUCUAUCCAUGUCAUUCGUGAGCGACGCGAAAUUUUUCUUUAGAGCCGUCGAGCCUGUUUGGAUAUGGAAUGAUCUGGAACAACUAUCUCUCACUUCACACGUACUCAGACCAGUCUCGCACCCCGACAAUCCCAACGACCUCCUCAUCGCCGCAGCCCACGCCGCAUUACGCAUGUCGCGCCUUCGUAUUAUGGAAUUGUGGUAUACGGAACCCGAAGCGACCGGAACCACGGGAUACGCGGGCGUGUUCCGUUAUCAAAGGGUCUCAAAAAUGGUUUGCACAAUCACUUGGGACGGUACUUGGUCUCUGCCUCUGGAGCCUUCUGUGGUACAAGCUUGGAACGAGGUGGCACUCACUUAUACGGAAUUUGAUAUUCGAGUCCGGGAGGAUAGACGGGACGCCGGUUGGAUGGAUUGCCGCGGUGAUGCGAUCAAGUUCUUGGGGCUACAAGACCAUGUGGUGUCACAGACUUCGUUGGAGCACAUGGUAAUUGAAGCGAUUCCUAGAUGA